AUGAAUACAAAAGAAAUAGUAGAAAAUGAAUUAUUAUUAAUUAAGGAUAACAGUAGGAAAUAUCCUUAAUUGUGUAAAGUAAACAAUAAAAAUCUAUAUAUAUAAAGGUGUUAGAAUCAAAUUUGUUAGAAUUAGAUACUCACAAUUUAUUAAUAUAAUUAUUACCUUAGAUUGUAAGCUCAAAAAAUAUUAAAUUAAUUUCAUAAGGAAUAGGACUAAUCCAAAAAUUAUAGCAUUUGCUCUUAUUAACAAUUGUACUAUUAAUUUAUCAUUAGAAUGAUCUUGAUAUCAUAAUUGAAUAUUUUAAUAAUUCAAAAUCGCAAUAAGAUGAAACAAUAGAUAUCAGACUGGUUUCAACAUUAAUUCAUAUUAUUGGUCCUGAUGUCAUUGAUUUUUCUAAUUUAAAUCAUAUUCUGAAGGUCUUAAAUUUAUUAAUAUACUUUUCAUCUUCAGACAAUCCAAUAAUAGCAUAAUCAUCUAUUUAAGGCAUUCUAACACUUAGUAAUGUUUUGGAAGACCUAUUAUAGAGUUAAUAAAAGAAUACAAUAUUGCAAUCUUAUUUUGAAUUAUUGGAAUUAUUUUUUAAUAUAUUUCAAGAUAAGGAGCAAACAUUUAUAUAUGUGUCAAACAAUUUAAUAUUAUGUAUUUAUCAUAUCUAAUAUCAAUUUCAUUAGGCAAAGAUAUUUUUAUCAUAAUACUGAAAUGUGGAAAAUAUUUACAAUAAAUCGAGCAAUUUCAUACUUUCUAUUAUGAAACCCUAUAUACAUACUUAACGAGUAUUGAUCUAGUAUAGGAGUCAAACAUAAUGAAUAGUAUAUCUAUUAAUAUAUUAGAAAUCAAUAUAAUAAGAUUAAUAUUCAAUUAUAUCUUGACAAUAGAAGACAAAUUUGAAUUAAUAUCAUAAUUGAUGAAUGUAUAUAGCAAAUUACAACCACUUGAUUAAUGUAAGAUAGCUAUACAUGAUGGCAUUUUAUGUUUAUAUUCUAAUCUCUCAAUAUUCAAAAAUUUACUAAUAAGAUAACCGUCUGGUAAUAUUUAUAAUGGUAAUAAUUAAUUUUAAUCUUUAUAGAUUAUAAUGAUUUAAUAUUGAAGUCAUUAUAUUAAUAUUGUCUAUAUGGAAUAAGAGAAUUCUAAACACAAUAAUCUCCAAAAUAAAAUAUUUUAAUAAAUAAAUUAACAGCUUCUUACAUAGAUUGCAAUUUGUAAAUGUUACCAAAUAUUUUCAUAUAAUAGAUAAGUAAUAUAAAAUACAUUAAAAGUUAGAAACUUUAAUUUAAUUAAUUACAGAUAAUAUUAUGAAAUUUCUAUAAUAAGAUGAAUUUUAGAAAGAAGGGAAUGGAUUAUUAUAGGAAAUUAAAAAUUAAAGUCGUCUUUUAUAAUCUUAAUUAUUUAAUGGUGAAAUUGAUGAUCAAAUUACAGAAAUAUAAGAAACUGAAAGUGAUGAUAUAAAAUUUAAAACUUUAUUUGAUAAACUAUGGAGACCUCUUUUAAGAAUUAUGAAAUAAAUUCUAAAAAUAGCUAAUAAUUAAUAAUAUACAAAUUUAUUAGAAUAUUUAUAAUCAUGGAUCUAAUUUAGUUUAUAAUAAGAUUAAAUUAGUAGUUUUUAAUUGUUAAUAAGAUUUUUGGCUGCUUAAUCUGCACCAUUAUCUUUAAAAUAUAUAGAAACAGAUAAAUGGUUAAUUGCAUGUAAAUUAUUUGAAGAAAUUCUUUAUAGUAAUGUAAAUUUAUUAACUGCAAAAACAUGGAAUCUUAUUUUUUAAACAUUAUAAAGAAUUGAAUAAGUAGUCUCAAAAUCUACAGAAAUAAAAAUGACUACUGAAAUAUUUAAUCGAAGUUCUUAAUAUCAUGAUACAACUGUUUAUUAAAUGGUUGAUGGAUUAAAUUAAUUAGCUCUUUAGGUUUCAGAAAGGCUUCAAAUUAGUUAAAAGAAGAAUUUUGAUUCUAUUUAUAAAUCAUUUGCAAUUGAUAAAUUAUUGCUUAUAAUUAAUAAUAAUUGGUCAAGAAUAGAUAUGUUAUGGACUAUUGUAGAUGCUUUAUAUUUAUGUCUUUGUAGUUCAAAAGUAAUGGAAAUGAGAUUAAAUGCUAUAAAUACAUAUAAAGAAACAAUAUUUUCAGGUAUUGAAUAUAGUAAAAAUAAUAAAUUUAAAUGGGGUGAUAAAUGGAUCUAAUAAUUAUUAAAUCCAUUAUCUGAAUUAAUAAUUCUACCAUAUGAAGAUGUUACAGAAAAUAUUUUAUCAUUAUUAACUAUUUUAAUAAAAGAACAUGCUAAAUAUUUACCUUAGGAAGCUUUUUCAGUUUUUGUUUAAUUAAUUGAAGUUGUUUUACAUGAUUUUUUAAGUAAAGAUUAAAUUCAAUAAGAAAUAAGUUAAUAAGAACAUAAAUCUUUAAUUUUCAGAACUUAAUUAUCAAUUGAAUGCAUGUCUGAUAUUAUAUUCAAUCAUAUAGAUAAUUUAGAUAAUACAUCAAUUUGUAAAUUAGUUAAAUUAUUAGUUUCAUUAAAUAAACAAGAUGAAUGUAAAGAUAUAUUAAUUAUUUUAGUUAAUUAUGAAAUAACAAAUAAAAUAAUUUGUAUGACUUGGUAAGUUUAAGAGAGACUUGUAAAAUUAGAUAUAAAGGAUUAUGAGUUAUGGUAAAUUACUUUAAAACUAUUUAAAAAUUGUUUAGAUAAUCAAGAUGAUUUAAAAUAUGCAUCAAUACAUAUUUCAAGUUAAAUAUGCUCUAUUGCUAAGGAUUCUUAAUUUACAGAUUUAUUUUCAUUAUUAGAAGAAUUAAUUUAACAUUCAAUGGAAUAUUAUCUUAAAGUUGAAUAACAUUAAUUGUCUCUAAUAUAAUAAACUCCUAGAUUUACAUAAUUACCUAUGGAAACUCCUAAAUUUUAAGGAUCAAUUAAAUAAAUGAUUUUUGAUAAAUCUACUUCAUUAUAAUUGUUUAAAUAAUAAUUUGAAUUAGUAAAGUUGUGCAUUUCAAAAAUAACAGAUGUAAUUAUUCAAAAAUAAUAAUAUCCUAAAUUUUAUUAUUAUUUACAAUUAUUUAAUUAAGCAUAAUGUGUUUAUGUAAAACAUGAAAUAGUAUUGGCAUGUUAAAGAAUAAUAUAAUCAAAUUAAGAUAAAUAAUUAUUAAUAGGUUCUAUUGAUUUUUUAGUUACAUUAAUUAAUUAUGAAUAAACAUUAGAUAUGGAAGAUAUUUAAUAUUAUUUAGAGAAUAGAACUUUUUAAAUCUUUUGUGAUGUAAUUAAAUUAACUAUACCAAUAAAUUAUAAGAAAGGAUUACAUGCAUUAUAAUUACUUUUUAAUUUUUUAUGUCAAGAUUAAGUAAUUCAACUUAUAAAUGAUGAUAAUAAUAUAUUCAAAUAUUAUUACAAAUAAUGUGUUUCAUUUGAUAUGCUAGAAGAGGAAAUAAUAGCUGAAUGGCUUCAUUUUAUAAAUUAAUAAAUAUCUUAAUUAGGUAUAGUUGCAAAACAUCACUACUUUAUAGAAUUUUUAAUAAAUAGUUUUGAAACAAUAAUUAGUAAAAGAUAAUUAAAUUAAAAUGAUUUGAAUGAAUCAAAUAAAUUUGUUGGAGUUUUAAAUGGAUUUUUAAAUGUAAAUAUUAAUUUAUUAAAUAGAAAUGUUAAAGAUUUAUGAAUGAUAAUUCUGAAAAAUUAUAAUUAAUUUUAAUUACUAAAUUAAAAAAUAUAAUUACAAUAAUAAUACCAUUUUUAGAUUAUAAUUCAAUUCAAUAAUUAUUUGAACCUCUUAUAUCAACAUAAUUAACAGGUAUAAAUUAUAACAAUAUUUUAUAGUAUCUAAUAAAAGAACAUAAGAUUGGAUUUCAUUUUUUAUAAAUGAUGCAUAAUAUUUAAAUAUAGAAUAAUAAGAUGUUGUUGUUUAAUUGUUUACUAAUUAUUACAUAAAUAAAUUAAAUAUAUCAGAAUUAGAAACAAAAGAAAUAAUAAUUAUUAGUUUAGUAGGAUUUUUAGAGAUGGAUAAUCCAAUUGUAGAAAAAUUUUCAUUAUCUAUUCGAAUUCCUCUAUUAAAUAGUAUUCAUGAAAUUUUAAAAGUUUUUUUAAAUGAAGAAAAUACUUCAUAUGAAAAACAAUUUAAUAUUUAAUUAAUGUUGGAUUAUUUAAGUAUAUUAGAAAAAAAUGAUUUGAAAGAAUUUUAUUUAACAUUUGUAGAGAUGAUAAAAUGUGAAUAAUUAGAAAUUAGAACUAAAUUAAUAAAACUUCUUAGUAAAUAUUUUUGA